UUAUUUCCUCAAAUGCAAAACUUAACCCAUCAACAAAACUCCUCCCUUUAAAACAUAAUAACCUUUAAUUUAUCUUUCCUUUCCCGACAAAGUUCUGGUUCGAUUCUCAUUAUUAAACUCUUUUUUUCCCUCAUCAUGACUCGAGACUACCUAGUAAUCCAAAAAAAAUCGUAAGCAUCUAGGCAACUCGGGUAGACCAUCCACUCUUUUUCUCCUUUAUUCCUUUCAUCGUUUUUCUUCUUCUUCUUCUUUCAAUUAUAAAAAAGGGUGUUUAUUAGGUAAGAAUUAAGAAGUAAAAUGAAGGGAAAGAAACAAAAGGGAAAGUGUUUUGAAUGUGAUUAUAUGGAGAAUAAUGAAAAGAAAAGGUAUUUGAUAACGGUGAAUGUGUUAGGAAGUGCAGGAGCAUUAAGGUUUAUAGUGAAUGAAGAUGAUACAGUUAAUUCUGUUACUCUAACUGCUUUGAAAUUGUAUGCUAAACAAGCUCGGCUCCCUGCUUUGGGUUCUGACUCUACCAAAUUCCUGCUUUAUUGUGCUAACCAUGGAUCUGAUGCACUGAAGGCAUGGGACGAGAUAGGAUGGUGUGGAGCAAGAAUGUUUGUGCUUUGCAGGAAGCCUGAGCACCAACCAAACAUGACCGACUAUAUUUCGCCUACAAAGCCACGACCUGCUCAUAAUUGGAAAUCUUGGCUCAACAAAUCCUUAAGCUUCAACAUUAAUUAAUUUAAUAACUUUCUUCUAUGCACGGAAUACACUGAAUACAAUAAUAAUAAUGAUGAUGUUGGUUUAGUCAACUGUUUAUAUUGUAGUUUACAAUAUAUAUACGAAAGAUUAAAUAAGAAGACAAAUUAAAAUAAGAAGGAUAAGAUAUAUAUAUAUAUAUA